AUGAUCCGCUCAACGCUUCUAUCAGCGCUGGCUGCUGCCUCUCUGGCUUCAGCUCAAACAUUUACCGACUGUGACCCGACAAAGCAAGACUGCCCAGCAGCACCUGCCUUGGGAAGCAAGGGACUGAACUGUGACUUCACCCAGGGCGCCUGUGAGGGUAUUCAGUUAGCUGAUGGUACUAACCUUACUUAUACCGCCGACAAGGGUGCUCUGUUCUCCAUCACGGAUCCUAGCCAGGCGCCUACUGUUGCUACCGAUGACUACAUCUUCUUUGGUCGCAUCGAGGUAGUCGCUCAGGCUACACCCGGAAGGGGCGUCGUGACCUCUGUGGUCUUGCUCUCAGCGGACCUUGACGAGAUUGACUGGGAGUGGGUAGGUGGCGAUGCCACAAGGGUCCAGUCGAACUGCUUCAGCAAAGGAUCGAGUACUUUCAACUGCCAGGGGAUCUACCCACUCUCUCUCCCCAUGGCUUCCUUCCAUUCAUAUGUCAUCGAGUGGACCUCGAAAAAGAUCGAUUGGAUCAUUGACAACAAAGUGGUGAAGACCCUCAAGUACGAAGAUGCCAAUGGCGGCUCGGGAUUCCCCCAGACCCCUUCGCAAGUCAAGCUCGGUACUUGGGUUGCUGGAAAGGAGGGCAAUGGCCAGGGAACCAUCGAUUGGGCAGGCGGCCUUGCCGACUUUUCCCAAGCUCCCUUCAAUGCUUACUACAAGUCUCUGAAGAUUGUUGACUAUGCCGGCGGCGACUCUGCCACGACAGACAACGUUAAGGAGUAUGUUUAUGGAGAUAAGACCGGGAAGUGGCAAAGCAUCAAAGUCAACAAGGAGGACGACUCUAGCAGCGCCUCCCCAUCCUCAACCACGACCUCUGCAGCAAGCCUCCCUACUUCAAGCUCUGUUCCGAAUCUACCAAGCACGACUACUGACGCGGCUUUCACAACCAUAACCACAACCACAACUGCCGAUGCCAGCGCCCCGACUUCGACUGGUAUUCCGGGCUUCCCUUCUGAUGACCACUCAUCACAUUGGACAUGGCCUAUGUGGCCUUCGUGGCGCAAGUGGUCAUACAAGCUUUUUCGUGGCAAGUUCAUUGAUCGGUCUUACCACCGGCGGAACGGAUUCACCUGGAAAUGGUCAUCUCACUAA